AUGGAAGAGGUUCAUGUUUUGUCGGAAAGCAUUAUUAAAAUAGAACCGAUUAAAGAAGAACCAAUUGAUGUGAAUAAAGAUAAUUGCUGGAAUGCUUUCCUGACUAGAUUGGGUGGCUCAUCAUUUGGACAUUACCUCAAUAUCAAGAUGGGAGAUGAAGAUGAAUGUGGGAAAGUGCAAGAAAAAUAUUGA